AUGAAGGCCAAUGACAGGACGAUAUCAAGUUUAAGGCCUGCAAAAAGUUUCAAUGAGAACCAGGCCCUUAUCAACAGUUUGGAUUUUAGUACAGAUGGUUUGCAGAUGAUCUCAUCCUCUGAUGAUGACUCCAUCAUUAUGUAUGACUGUGUUACUGGACUGAAAAGUCGAUCGGUAAACAGCAAAAAGUAUGGGGUGGAUUUAAUACAGUUCGCGCACAACACGUCGAACGCUAUACAUUGUUCUACGAAAGUUGAUGAUGUUAUUCGGUAUUUAUCGCUGCAUGAUAACAAGUACAUCAGGUACUUUCCAGGUCAUCAAAAAAAAGUAGUGGUUCUUUGUAUGUCUCCUCUAGAUGAUAUGUUUCUUUCUGGAUCAUUGGAUAAAACUAUUCGUUUGUGGGAUUUGCGGAUGCAGAGCUGUCAGGGUUUGAUGCAUGUACCAUCAAGGCCUGUUGCUUCAUUUGAUCCGGAAGGUUUGAUAUUUGCAGCAGGGAUAAAUUCAGAUACAAUCAAAUUGUAUGAUUUACGAUCAUUUGAUAAAGGUCCAUUCACUACUUUCAAAAUUGAAAAUGAUGCAAAGGAGGAUUGGACAGGUUUGAAGUUCUCUCCUGAUGGCAAAAUGAUAAUGGUCACAACAAACGGAUCUUCAAUAACACUUCUUGACUCUUUCAAAGGAACAUUAGUACAUGUUUUGCGAGGCCAUGAAAACAGUAAGGGAAUAGAACUGGAUGCAACAUUUUGUGCUGAUGCUCAGUACGUGUUUUGCGGCUCUACGGAUAGUAGUAUUGUUGUUUGGUCAACUUUAACUGGGCAAAAGAUCGCAAAACUACCUUCGGGGCAUUCUCCUCUCAUGCAUAAAAUACUCUUCAACCCAAGGUUUUUUAUGCUGGCUACAGCUUGCACAACUCUAAAUUUAUGGUUACCAACAGAAGAAGAAUGA